AUGAACAAUAGUUUUGACGAGUUUGUUGAGGAAACAGAUAAAGCAAUACAUGUUGAUACUAGUACAAGAAACAGUUAUAGAAACACAAAUGAUAAUGUGAAUAAUUUGCUGGAAGAGGUAAAGUCAUAUGAUGAUUCUAAUAGUGAUAAAAGGUCGAAACGACAUCAACCAACUGUCUCCUUACUGCAAACAACUCCAACGAGAGAAGAAUGUGAAGAAGAUCAUCCAUUGAAGAACUUUAAUGAUAUCUAUGAUGUAGCUGAAGAGACUGCAGAAUUUAAUGAUUUUCAUAGAUCAUUAAGGACUCCAGACGUUUACAUUCAUACUGAAAAGAAUCCCACCUCUACGAAAUCCAUAAACGUAAUAUCAAGGCCGAAUUCAAAUCCUCGAUCCAGUAUGAUGCCAAAGAGAAGGUCACUGAUUCAACCAAUGGUUAUAUCACCAUCGACACCGGAAGACAGUCUAGAUGUUGAUAUUUAUCAAUUUACUAAAGCAGUGAAAUCCUCAUCUUCUUCGACCACAAAGCUUCAAAAUCAUGUUCCGCUUGGAAUUAGUACAGAAAAUCUGCAUUCAAGAACAAAUAGUACACAGUUAAUUACUGCUAAUGAACUAUCUAAGCAAAAUGAUAUAGCCUCGUUAUUAACAAAUUUAGCUAAUAAGGAGCAAGAGUUACUGGAAAGUAAACAAAAAAUUGAAGAUUUACAAAAACAAUUACAACUUAAUGAAAAACUAUAUAAGCAGCAUUCCAUAGAACUAAAAUCUUUGAAAGAACAAGUAUCACGACAUUUUUUGUCCGUUAAGUUAGGAGAUCCCAAUUCAACAGGCCAAGGUGAAUAUUUAGAUGAUAAUUCAUCCACACCUAGAAGAAGUGGCAAUACAACUAUGAUAGAAGCGAGGAAUACUAAUACUAGUCCUCAGUCAAAUUUGAAGACAACUGCAGAUACAAAUGUAAACUCACAAUCAACUUCCAUGUGGAAUAAACCAUUGGCUCUAUUUAAUCAAUUCGAUCAAAUAAUUCAACAGGAACUAGAAAAAUCAUUGAAUUGGGACGAUGAUGCAGAAGAAAUCGCAAGAUCAAAUGGCCGCACUUCAAUGGAUAAUAAGUCUCCACCUAACAGCAAACCCGAAACAAAUACUAAUAGAUCUGUUACUUCAUCACUUUGGAGUUUUGUUAAUGAUGUUAAAACGGGCAUACUGGGGGUUGAAAUUGAAAAUGAGGAUUCAAUGUCAGAAACUCUUCGACGGAGAAAUGCACAAAAGGGAAGAAAGAAGGUUCGUGAGAAGAAACCAGAUGGUAUUAAAGAGUUUAAUACUAUAAAGAAACAACAACAACAGCAGCAGCAACAGCAAAAUAGUAACCGACUAAAAUUCAUAGACACCGCAGCAGAUUUUUCAGAAAGUAGUACGUCGUCUUCCGAACAGAAUAAUGAUCCAGAUAACGAUAAAAAUAUUGUAGAAAUGGAAACACUUCAAUGA